CGUCACUUUCAUCCCUAACAGCGAACAAGUUUCGCUCGUGUAUCAAGCAGCUGAUCGUUCUCCUGCGGUCUAAUCAUCGAUGCCAGUACAAUGUAACUGCCACUCUAUGUUUCACUGGAUGUUCGGGCUGCUUGUUGCGAUUUCUUUGACAAUCUGAAUGCUACUGUAUAAUCAGUACUAUAAAGAGCUCGUUCAAGUACUUCUUACUCCUCCUUACCGUCGCCUUUGUGGCAGGGACUUAUCUAAAUUGUCCCAACUAUACUUAGACCGGUCACGGGUCCUGCUUCUUUCCCUUCAUUUGACAAAGUUUGGGAUCAUACUCGGCCAGCGGAUUUAUUCCGCGGCUGCACUCCGAGGCAGGACCGUGCACUUAGGCGCCAAAUGAUUACACGAGUCCUCCAUGCUAUCUUCUGAACGCCCACUGGGUACUGCUACAAUUAUGAUAACGUCGAACUCUUUUCCGCCUCUAACACCAAGUCAAUCAUCGAAUCUAAAAACGGUCUGGGCAUAUUUUGAGAAGGGUCUGGAUCUUAUAAUGAGUUCGCCAGAGGGUAUUCCAUUGGCGUCGUACAACUCAUUAUAUUGUGCUGUAUACAACUAUGUCACGUCGCCGAAAACAAUUUGUGAAUGCAAAGAGGAUCCAGAGUUUGUUGGAGGAGGCGCCGGCCUCUAUGUCAACAUUACUAAGUACUUCAUUACAUAUCUCAAAGACAUUCGGGAUAAAGCUGACAAUCUCCAGGAGGAGGAUUUGUUGACGUAUUAUGCUCACGAAUGGCAACGAUACACGGCUGGAGCUCAGUCCAUCAACCGGUUAUUCUCAUACGUCAAUCGGUAUUGGGUCAAGAGAGAAAGAGACGAAGGUAAUAAAAAAGUGUACCCGGUAUAUACUCUUGCUGUGGUACAAUGGAAGGACCAUCUAUUUGUUCCAAUACAGCAGCAGAACGGCAAGCUGACCACCGCACUACUGCACCUCAUCCAACGACAGCGUAAUGAAGAUACUAUCGAUCAAGGUCUCGUCAAAAGGGUCGUCGAUUCCUUCGUAGCCCUUGGGUUAGACGAUACAGAUCUGAAUAGCCGAUGUCUCGACGUCUAUCGAGAGCAUUUCGAGACACCCUUCCUGGCUGCCACAGCAACGUAUUAUCAGAAGGAAUCUGCGACUUUUUUGCUAGAGAACAGCGUACCGGACUAUCUCAAGAAAACCAAAGAGUGGCUCCAAGAGGAGAAAGGUCGCAUCGGGCGAUAUAUGACCACUGAAACGCAGACCAGCGUUGUUCCAGUAUGUGAAGCGGCCUUCAUCCAUUCACACGCCAAAGUUAUGUGGGUCACAUUUCAAGGUCUUCCUGAGUUUCAUCAGGACGUCGACUUUCAGCAGGAGCAGGUUCCACUAUCGCGUAUACAUAAGGAACUCGAUCUUUCGCGAAAGAAGCUCGAGGAGCGUGUUAAGCACGCAGGGCUAGAUGCAGUCUCUGCUCUUGUAGGAGAGAACGGAGGCACACCGGAUUUACAGGGCUAUGUCGAUGCGCUCUUGGAAGUCCGUACCAGGUAUUUGGCGUUCGUAGCACAGAAUCUCAAAGGAGACCCUGCGUGCAUGGCCAGUAUCGACAAGGCUUGCAGGGACUUUGUGAAUAAAAAUGCCACGACGGGAACUUCAACCAAUGUAUCUCCAGAACUGCUGGUGAAGUAUGCAGAUUUGGUGCUGCGGAAGAACAACAAAUUAGUGAAGGAACAGGACGUAGAAGUUGCCUUGGAUCGCAUGAUAGUUAUUUUUAACUACCUCGAAGAUAAGGACAUACUCCAACAUUUCUACGCUGCCAGUCUAUCGAGGCGUCUCGUUUACGAGUCAUCAACGUCGGAUGAAAACGAAGCAAGUAUGGUCUCCAAGCUUGAAAAGGCUUGUGGAUCUGAAUACACAAGCAAGCUGCGGCAAAUGCUGACCGACAUGAAAUUGAGCAAAGAUUUGGCAGAUCAGUUCAACCCGGAGCGCGAGCAAGACGACAUAGACAUGACAUUCAGCAUCAUGGUCCUCGGUACGAACUCUUGGCCGUUAUAUCCAUCUUCGCAUGGAUUCACCAUCCCGAGGGAGAUAUACCCCACAUAUGACCGCUUCCAGGAAUAUUACCAGACGAAGCACUCAGGGCGAAAACUAACAUGGUUAUGGAAUUACUCGAGGAACGAGCUCCGAACGAACUAUCUCAACCAGAGGUACAUCCUCGUGACAAGCUCGUUCCAGAUGGCUAUCUUGGUCAUGUAUAACGACCACGACACGCUUUCUCUCACCGAGCUCAUCACAGCGACGUCGAUUCCGAAGGAAGUCAUCACCCAGAUUCUUUCCAUCCUCAUCAAGGCCAAGAUUCUCGUCAAUGAAGAACCCGAGCAGUAUGAUCUCAAUCCCAGCUUUAGGUCCAAAAAGAUACGAAUCAACUUGAAUCGGCCGAUCAAAGCUGAAGAGACGAGCAAAGUGCUGAAAAAUGUCGACGAGGAUCGAAAGUAUAUCAUUCAAGCCACUAUCGUCCGAGUCAUGAAAGCUCGGCAGUCGAUGACGAACCAACAGCUCGUACAAGAGGUCAUUUCGCAGCUCUCGCAACGGUUCACGCCGAACGUUGGUGAUAUAAAAAAGGCGAUCGACAUUUUGGUUGAGAAAGAAUACAUCGAGCGGGUUCAGGGUACGCGAGACAGGUUCGCGUACGUUGCGUGAUCGUGUUGCUUCGAUUAUACUUGUACAUCCUUAAUCGUGUUUUGUGGUAUGGUGUAGCAUUCUGUGUCUGAUUGUACUUGUAGUCCUUAAACAAAAAUUCACCCUAAAAAGUAACUAAGUCCAAGUAG